AUGAACAACCAGAGUCGUGAGGAGAAUAAUUCAAACAACCCUCGUUUCACCUCCUCCCAUCAUCCAUUCCUUCAACCUAUAUUCCCACCAAAUCCCAAUCUUUUCACUCAACAAAAUCCAUCCUCUCAACCAAUUUUCCCUCCAAAUCCCGCCAUUUUUUCCCCAAAUCUCUCUUUUCAUCCUGAAUUCCCUCCACCAUGGAUUCCUUUAAAUCCCUUCUCUCCUCAAUUAUAUCCAAUCAUUCCACCAUUUCCUCCAAGAAUUUCAGAGCAAACAUCAACAAAGGACCAAGAAUCACCCAAGUUGGAACAUGUUGACAAGCCAUCGGUUACCAAUAUCAACCCCAUCAAAUCACCCAAUCCUACCAGAGAAAUUGAAAAAACCUUUCAAAACUCAAAGAGAGUCUUGGCGAUAAAGGGGCAACCACAAAUGAUAUGCAAACAUCCUUAUCAAAAACGUUCCAUGAUGGAACGUAUUGAUAAAUGGCGUAAAUUGAAAGGCGUUGGUGGUUUUGGUGGUUUCUCUAUCCCUCCAUACAUACCAAUGGCGCAAAUUAAAUUUUCGCCAUGUGAACACACUUUAAGUGAUCAUUAUAAGUGUGAGGAAGAAAGAGCAAAGAAAAAGAAGAAGAUUGCUUCUCAUUGGCAGAGAUUGGAAGUAUUGAAAGACGUAUCUACUGUUGAUAAAUUUGGAGACUUAUUAAGGACUGCUUAUUUGGAGCGUGGAAUUAAUAUUGAACCUCUCUCUCUCGAUCAAGGAAAAGCAUACGCAACCCAAGAACAUUACAUGUUGUUAUUUUUAAAACAAUUCAAUAUGGAAUGGAGUAAGAUUGGUACUUUCUUUUUUGAUAGAUCCAUCAACUCAUUGAAGAAAAAGUACAAGAAAUUGAAAAGAAAGAUUAAUCGUGCCAGAUUGGAAGGAGCGUAUGAUGCUUCAGAUGCAACAAAUUUUAUCAUUCAAUGGAGUGUCGAUGAUUUAACCUUUUCAGAAUUCACUGAUAUUAGCACCCUUACCUCUACUGUAUCGAUAACUUUUCCAGAAACAUGGACCAAUUCUGAUCUUUUUCACAAAAUGAUUAUGAAAAUUGGUCAAUUAAGUCCAUCCAAACCCUUACCGUUAAGACAAGCACAACCAUCAUCGAACAAGUCCAAUGUACCAACGACUCCAGGAGAACCUUAUUCACAGUCGGAAGAGGAUUUAAUUGUGACAUCCUUGCGGAAGGGAAUGAAUUUGGAACAAAUUUACCGAGAUUACUUUACACACCGAACAUUUCAGUCGCUGAAAAAUAAGGUUCGACGGUUAAGAAAAAGGCAACUCUAUCACAAACAGCAACCAACGAAGAAGAGAUUGAAUAAGAGAAGGAUGGUUCCCAAUUCCACUGUUUCAACUGAUUCAAAGGAGUUAAGAAAACCGUUUUGGCAUGAUGAUACGGUUGAUCGUUUGAACAAGACUUGUCCCGUGUCAUGUUUUGCCAAGAAUGGUACGAAAAUACUGACCCAAAGUUGGUUUACCCUCUCCGUUCGCCAACGAUGUCCAUCCACAAAACCACCUCCGAGCAAGAAGGAAUUGGUAGAAAAAGUGUGGUGCAAAUCAGAAACUUGGAAAAAGACGCCAUGUAAGUGUGGAAAUUCCAAGUUUAAAAGGACAGUCUGCUCGUUCAACGGACGCAAGUUUGGGUCAGAAAAGAAGAAGCUUGUUCAGGAAUUCAAGCAAGUAUCUGCGUUGGAGGAGUCUUUAACAAUGCUUCAAGAGAACGAAGUGAGUUCAUCCACGACUGCUGAGAAUGAAGUGAGUUCAUCUGUGACUGCUGUGAAUGAAGUGAAUUCAUCCACUACUGCAGAGAAUGAAGUGAAUUCAUCUACGAUUGCUGAGAAUGGAGUGAGUUCAUCUACGACUACUGAGAAUGGAGUCAAUUCAUCCACUACUGCUGAGAAUGGAGUGAGUUCAUCUACGACUGCUGAGAAUGGAGUCAAUUCAUCCACUACUGCGGAAUCAAAGGAAAAAACUGAUGACACUAUCGAGAAAUUGCUAAAACAAAUUUACACCUCCUUCUCAAUCUCAAACGAAGACAAUUAUUUUGUGAGAACAAAGAAAGUGAGAUUGAAACUCACCUCAGAACAAAAGAAGGUCUUUGAAAGAUUUUUCUUCAAUUCUAACCAUGCUUAUAACGAAGCAUGUCUCCUUCAUUUCAUGUUAGAGCAAAACAAGGGAAAAACACUCCUUACCACCACAGAAGACGAUUACUUUAAAAUUUUGAAGAAUCCCCAAACCAACCUGAGAUUCAAACAAACUAGGUGGCUAUGGGAUCAAGAGUUGAAACAUUGUCCAGCAGAUAUUAAAUUGAACGCUGUGAAAGACUUUGUCAAGGCUGAGAAAAUUACUAGAUAUAAAAACAAGCAAGCAGCAGAAAAGGAAUCCAAAGAGGCUGCUCGAAAGGCCAAAAACCAAUUUUUUAAAGAUGUUCAAAAAGGAAAGAAGGAGAUGAUUACUGAUGAGGAAUUGAACGAAAGAUUUAAUCCCAAGCAUUUUACUCGACAACCAUGUGAAUUCGAAAUGAAAGGACGAAGCAAUCAACAUCCAUAUCAGUCGUUCAAGGUGACAAACAUUUCAUUAUCACAGGAAGGAGUGUUGUUAAAACCUACCUUUUUUAAAGGGAAUGAAAAUGCAUGUCCUUCCAAGAAAUCUAUGGAUCAUCUUUUGAAAUUUUAUUAUCCUGCAAGAGCACGAAAGUGGUUAAAGGAAGAGAUUGACAACAAAAAAUUUUCACACGAGACAACCUUUAUACGAGAAAGAGGAAGAUAUUUUGUUUGCCUUCCAGUCCGUUAUCACAAAGCUUUAACUCGACAAGAAUUCCAACGGUUUGAUAAAAGCUUCUACGAGUCCAAUUCGAACAGUGGAACUGAAUAUGACACGAAAUUUCUCAAGGACUGCCCACAACCUUCUCAAAAUGAACUCAGAAAGGAAUACAUUGCAUUGGAUCCAGGUGUUCGAUGCUUCAUGUAUGGUUAUGAUAGUAAUGGAGACGCAUUGGAGUUUGCCGCUCAAGGAGAAAACACCAUACUCUUUUCCCUUUCUCUAAAGCAAGAUCAGCUCAGGUCGGAAAUUGCCAAGAACAAAUUUCUAAAAUACAAUUCUCGGCAGGAACGAAAAUUUUAUAAGGGUUUAAGAAAAGCCUUAAAAAAGAAGAUUAGAAGGCUGGAAAGCAAAAUUAGAAAUAAGGUGAAUGAUAUGCAUAACAAAAUCAUUGACUAUUUAACUUUCCACUAUUCUGAAAUUAUAAUACCUGAAUUUAAUGUCAAGGCCAUGAUUGCUAGAAAACAAAAACAAAGGAAGCGUCAAGGAAAAGAAGAUACCACGUGUCAAGGACAAGAAGGUUAUACUAAUGGCCAAACGGAGAAUAUGGAUGUGCGAACAGAACCUCUUGUUGCAUCGUCUUCACCAUUCGAAGGAUGGGAAUCAAGGGACACCACCACAAGUGAAACCACCACCAACACUUCCGAAUGGGUUGGAAGAAAAAUUACUAGAAAAACUGUUCGCCAAAUGUUGCGAUUUCGACACUAUGAUUUUCGAAUGAAACUCUUGCAAAAGGCAGAAAUGCGUGGAUGCAAGGUACAUGUUGUCACAGAACAAUAUACAUCGAAAACGUGUGGAAAUUGUUCAGUGAUCAAGGAAGACCUUUAUGGAAGCAAAUGGUUUCAUUGCAAUCAUUGUCACUUCCACAUCCCUCGUGACGGUAAUGGAGCAAGAAAUAUUUUGAUCAAGAAUUACCAUCAUUUAUUACAUUGGUAA